AACUACGCUGUAAGUAGCUUGUGAUGCUGCUCUACAGCUCUAGUGGUGACCGAUCUACACUACAGCUGCACGCACUGCAUCAGCCACCGACAGACAGCUCAGCGCACACAAGCCUCGUCUUCGGACCGCGGACACCGCAGCGAAACUGGAGCAAACAGUUCAGUAUCCUCCUCCGCCGAGCCAGUGGACCGGGACCGAGAGGCAGCCACCUCCGUGGACCGAUGAACUCGCAGAAAUGUCCCGGCACAUCUACACCCGACACGGGAUAGGCGACGGGGUUCAGAAGCCGAUUUUUCAGGUGAACAGAGGCACCUACUCACGGCGCAGUCGACUUAAGAGGUCCGACGGCAGUACGACAUCGACCAGCUUCAUCCUCCGCCAGGGUUCCGCCGAUUCCUACACUAGCAGACCAUCCGACUCAGAUGUCUCUCUGGAUGAGGAGCAGGGCGGCCGGCAGGAGAAAGAACAGCAGGCCACCGUUCAGCUGGAGAGGGCAAAGGGCGGCCGGCAGGAGAAAGAACAGCAGGCCACCGUUCAGCUGGAGAGGGCAAAGGCCAAGGCUGUGGCCUUUGCCGUGAGGACAAACGUCAGCUACUGUGGUGCCCUAGAUGAGGACGUUCCUGUCUCUGGCACUGCCAUUUCCUUUGAUGCUAAAGACUUCCUUCACAUUAAGGAGAAGUACAACAAUGACUGGUGGAUUGGGCGACUGGUGAAGGAAGGUUGUGAUAUCGGUUUCAUCCCCAGUCCCUUAAAACUAGAGAACAUUCGCUUACAGCAAGACCAAAAAAGGGGCCGCUUCCAUGGGAAGUCCAGUGGGAACUCUUCUUCCAGUCUGGGUGAAAUGGUGUCAGGCACCUUCAAGCCCAACCCUGCUUCUGCAGGUAAACAGAAACAGAAAGUGGCCGAGCACAUUCCUCCAUACGAUGUGGUCCCUUCCAUGAGGCCGGUGGUCUUAGUUGGCCCAUCACUUAAGGGAUAUGAGGUGACAGAUAUGAUGCAGAAAGCGCUCUUUGACUUCCUGAAACACAGGUUUGAAGGCAGGAUAUCAAUCACAAGAGUAACCGCAGACAUCUCUUUGGCCAAGAGAUCUGUGCUGAAUAACCCUAGUAAGAGAGCGAUUAUUGAGAGAUCCAACACCAGAUCCAACCUGGCGGAGGUUCAGAGUGAGAUCGAGCGAAUUUUUGAAUUGGCCAGAUCCCUUCAGCUGGUUGUGCUGGAUGCCGACACGAUCAACCAUCCAGCCCAGCUCAUCAAGACCUCUUUAGCUCCCAUUAUUGUCCAUGUCAAAGUGUCUUCUCCCAAGGUAUUGCAACGGCUGAUCAAAUCACGGGGGAAGUCUCAAAGCAAGCAUUUAAAUGUACAGCUGGUGGCAGCAGACAAACUAGCUCAGUGUCCUCCAGAAAUGUUUGACAUAAUUUUGGAUGAGAAUCAGCUCGAGGAUGCAUGUGAACAUCUGGCCGAGUAUCUGGAGGCCUACUGGCGUGCAACUCACACUUCCCUCAGCACCCCUCUGAACCCUCUGCUGGGCCGCAACCUUGGCUCCACUGCGCUCUCACCAUACCCCACAGCCAUCUCUGGACUACAGAGCCAAAGAAAUAAAAACAGCAAUCACAUCAGUGACAACUCUCCAAUGGAGCGGCGCAGCUUGAUGACGUCCGAUGAGAACUACCAGAACAACGAGCGGCAAAAGAAGAGCCAUAACCGCCUGUCCUCCAGCUCCCAGCAAAGUCGAGACCAUUACCCUCUGGUAGAGGAGGACUACCAUGAUCCCUAUCAAGACGCGUACAAACCUCACCGCAACCGGGGCUCCCCCGGGGGCUACAGUAACGACUCGCGGCACAGACUCUGAACAUCCAGUCCACUUGAGCCAGAGCUAUGAGAUAAAUCUCAUGUAAUUGUGUAAACCCUUUCUGAAAAUGCAGUGCAUUGUGUUCACUCCAACACAGGUCCCCAUAUAUGGGCCAUCUUAACUAAAAGCAAAAUCCGAGCACCCGGUCCGUCUAUGUAAGGCAGUUGUUUGCAGCCCUUACGCAUCUCUUGUCAGGCAGUUGGAGGUGCUGAUUUUAUCUGCAAUGGUUGAGAUAAGUUGCUCUUCUGGAGGAGUGACAACUAUAGUACCAUCUGGUCCAUCCAGUUUCUCCUAGUAGAGGCCUAAGCCCUGCGUUUAAUUGCUAACCAAAGCCCUGCACUGUCUAUAUUUGCAGGACGUUUUGUGGUGGCAUGCUAAUUUUCACCCUGAACUAGUGCCGGCAUGCAGUGCCAAGACCCAAUCAGCACAGAGCCUUUUUGCACGAUUUCAGUAGCCAAUGGAAGUGUCAUGCGUUCACCGUUCUGUUUUUUCCUGUCUUAGUAUUUAUGUUAGAUGGUCUCUUAUUUUGCCCGAACAGCCUCAGGUACGAAGCAGGAAUGCUUCAUAGGUGCCAAAAUCUAAGAGGUUUCUUUUCCCACAGUCUAUUUUCAUAAUGAUCUCUGCAGACAGUGUCAACAGACACUUUUUCUGAGCAAAAUACAAAAGAUAGCAACAUAUUUACAUUUUUUACGUACACCAUAAUGCCUAUAGUUCACUCAGCGCUUUGCCCAGGCCUACAAGUGGGAUGAUGUUGCAAAAAAUUACACCAGAGUACCAGUAUCAGGUAGAUUUUAUCAUUACUUGGUAGUAAUAGUAAAUAAACGAAUCUCAUGAAACCUUAUAAGAUUUACAGAUUAUAUUUCACCCAAAAAUCUGAAUUAAAAAAAAAAUCAUAUAAAUAUAAAAAUAAAUAUAAUCGAUAUAAAUACAAUGAAGCCUGUUUUAGGACAAUUAAGACUCAAAUUGUGACAUUAUUUUCAUGAAAAUUAAGCAUGCCCUCCUCUAUUUUAAUUACUG